CUACCCACUUCCGACGACAGGGAAGCACGAUGGCGAAAUCCGCCAAGGACUUCUCAAACGAAGAGAACGGCGAGAAGAUACCGAGACUCUCGACUACGGAGGACGAAAAUGCCGGCCUACUCCAUUCUCGUGAACCUUGUGACGACGAACGGCCCACCGGGGCCAAUGGUCGUUUGCCGCGCUCUCAGUUGAUCAUUCUUACCCUAUCACUUUCGAAUGCCAUCUCCAUUGCGGCGGUCUUAAUUCUCGUCGUAUUUCACGGCCCGGCAUUCUAUCUCCCUGAGGCUCCUGCAACGGUUGUUUACCCGGCGCAACCAGAGUGGUUUCCACCCCAGAUCCCUGUGAAAAAGGUCUUGCAUGGGAACAAGCUAUACGGCCAGCCUCCUAACCCUGAAAGUAUUGAGGCGUGGAACAGCUUGCUGCCGAUUGGGCGGGGUUGGGUCACUGUCAAGAACGAGACUGCUCUGCCUGACUUGCCGGGGCUGAAUCAAUCACUUCCGGAACACCGCGCGUAUCCCUCGGUCUUUCAUCAAUUGCAUUGCCUUUAUAGUACUAUGGACGCAUACUAUGAGCUUAUCGACCGCCUGAACAAGGACGAGGCGGCAAAGAGAGAGUUACCCACAGAUCCUGGUUGGAAUUCUGAACAUCUCAAUCAUUGCUGGGAUUACCUACGACAGACUAUCAUGUGUAAUGCAGAUGUGACACUCGAGUGGCGCAAGUACAACGAACAGGUUGGGACGGGGUGGGGUUAUCAGCAUCAGUGCAAGGACUGGGAUGCGAUCAUUGCCUGGGCAGAGAAGUACAGGUACUCGAACAACUGGGGUAUUCUCAGAGGUGGAGGUGAGAGGAUCCCACUACCAAAAUAAUCAGCAGGGCCACCCGAAACUCUAUUGAGAUCUCCAAACUCUACUUGAUAGGUUCGAUGUCCUCGAUGGACCCUGGAUUUGGGGUCCUUGCAAAGUUAGAGGGUAGUAUGCAUCAUGACAGGCGAGCUGUAACAAAGAAUAUUCUACCAAGUUACCCAGUAGUAAGCGGCAACAGGACUUUAAUGACCCCGUGAUGAUUUGUCUUCAUCAUCAAGGAUGACCUUGGUUAAAAAUUGGACGAACAGGGUAGGGAUGAGAUCGAUGCAUCUACGAAGUAUCCGUAUUAAUGGAUGUGCCCGACGAAAAGGGAAAAGGCGUAUUGAGUUUUUACUUUAGGAAAGUCAAAACAAAGUUUGAAUCUGGA